CUAUAUACAAUUUAUUAAUCUAUAGUUUUACAAGUGACCUUAAUCGUCACAUGCAGACAUCAACAUUCAGCAUGCAAACACACUAACAUUUAACAAUCAAAUUAAUUUUAAUAAGUUGUGGAACAUUAAAAUACACUUUCAUUCUGUUGUGCUAAUAGUGACAACAAAGCAAGAAAAGACUUGUUAGUUUUAAGUAGCUUUUAAUAACGACUUUGGGGUUUACAGUGAACAAUAACCUUUAGGGGUGUAACGAUAUCCUCGUGUCAACAUUUGAUACAUAUCACAAUAUGAUAUUAUUAUUGCAAUACACCAAGACAUAUAUUAAAAGGUUAAACAAAAUUAACAUUUAAAAUGCUUUUGGGGGUGAAAAUGGCUUGGACUUGGUGCUGGAAACCCAAUCAGGACAAUAGAGACAUAACAGUAUUCAGGAUUUUGACUGGUAACAUAAAACAUUUGGCAUUAUUAGGACCCACAAAUAUUCCUCCAUUACAUUAUUAUACUUUAUAUUAAAUAUUAUUUAUAGUAGUUUAAUGUACUGACACUAAAACUCUGUAAUUUUAAUUUCGGGUGAAAUAUACACAAUCCAUAUUGUCACUAUCCACAAUAUUGUUGCGUUUUUGAAUUACAAUAUAUUGUGACACCCCUAAUAAAUAAUUGUAGAAACUGAGAUGUUGAUAUUGCAACAAAUUGCUCCUGAAUAUCUAUCUAGGCUAUUAUUUAUUUAUUUUUAUUUAUUUUUUUAAAAGUUUAUAAUGCAUUACAGCCAUCAAACCUCACUUUUUAAACAAAGACAGCCUAUUAAGUCCGACAAUAUCGUAAUUAUUAUGAUUUUUUAUAAUUAUGAUUAUAUGAUACUAUCAUUUGAAAAACUGUCGAGAGAAUGCUUUCAUUGGAAAUGUGUCAGAUCCUCUUGAGGGUUUAUUUUGGGCGGUCUCUCGGCGCUGACUUAUCUCACCAACAGGGGCUUCUGUGUUAACUGAGGCUGAAUAAACACAGAUGAACUGUCGAGCACAUUCACAAAAAUGUCCUGGCAAUGUCUGCCUGACUUCACGGGACUCUUGGACACCACAGGAGAAGCACGUCACCUCAAAAAUACACUGACAUGGAGUUUUAAACAAGCGACGCAGACAUGCUCGUCCUAGAAGACUUGACUGCAGCUGACAGAGGGCUGGUUUGACACUUACAGCGUGCUUUGUGUAUCACCUCUCAACAACAUUUAUCUUCUUUUCAUUUUUUUAUAUUGGAUUUUUAGUCAGGGUGGACAUCCGAAAUGAAGAAUCCACAUCUAAACGGUCAUUGCAAGAUCCUGAACACGGUAUCAGGAGACAAGAAAUUUAAACGGAAAUCACGAGAUCCAAUUAAGCGUGUCAGUGAAGAUCAUUUGCCUUACUUUAAACUGUAUAAGAACUCGCAUCUAAUGCCAGAGACUCUGGGAGACGCUUGUCCAAAAGAGACGCACGCUUCGGAAAUCGAUUCGGCCAGUGUGGGAAACGAAAUUUUAAACACUGCCAUAGAUAUGAGGAUUAACACCGUGAUUUCUGGAGAGAUACCUGACUCGAAGCUAAGAUCCAUCUCCGAGAAGACUGUCAAUAGCAAAAUUGCUCAAACAAACUCGCAUGUUUCGGCUUUGAGCGGUUCACAGGUUUUUCCCUUGGAGCGUGUUGUGUUUUCUCCGCGCGCAGCCUCGCAGGCGCCUGACGCCAGCGGCAGAAGCGAGCGCGCGGAGUCUCCUAGGAGACGCACUGGAGAGCCGUCGGGCGUCGUCACGGAGAUCAAAGCCAUUCAGCAGACACGAAGACUACUGGCGAACGCGCGCGAGAGGACGCGCGUGCACACCAUCAGUGCAGCCUUUGAGGCGCUCAGAAAGCAGGUACCCUGCUACUCUUAUGGGCAGAAGCUUUCCAAGCUGGCUAUAUUAAGAAUAGCUUGCAACUACAUACUGUCCCUUGCACAGCUUGCCGACCUGGAUUAUUCGCCAGACCACCGCAACGUGAGCUUCAGAGAGUGUGUGGAGCAGUGCACUAGAACUCUGCAGGCCGAGGGUCGCUCCAAGAAAAGGAAGGAAUGAAAUGAAGAAUGUCUUCUGUGAAUUUGGAGAAAGAAGGAACUCAAUCAAUUAACAUGAAGACACUUUCCCCAUGCGGGAAAAGAACCCUGUAAUUUAAUGAAAGUGUAAAGUUUUACACUGCACUAUUGACAUUAUACAGCUAACAGUGUCGAAAACACAAUCCCUGUCUAGGCUCUAAAUAUGCGAUUCUAUAACUUUUGCACAGCACAAA